UCUUGGGAACAGAACUCGUUCUUAAACUGGGGGCUACCUGUACCAUACAUUUCUGGGUGUGUAUUUUGAUUCACAGACUUCCCUAGAAAAUGUGGUUUUGUGCUUAUCCCAGUGCCAGUUUCGUGCACUGUGAGCGUACUGCCUUACUGAAUUCGCCAGAUGUUUUUCUCUCAGCUAUCACAGCCUCUGCGGAAAAAUGUCCCAGUGAUGAACGGUGGCUGUCAUUAUGGAGUCAGUGAUGAAACUCCAAAGAGUGCAGCUGAAAUGCAAGAACCUUCACGAAUUCCUGCGGGGCCUCAGCCCUGCGAUUUUGGAUCGGCUGUACAAUCACCCCGCCACGUGCCUGGCUGUCUUCCGGGAGCUGCCUGGGUUAGCCAAGAAUUACGUCAUGCGGAUGCUUUUUCUGGAACAACCUCUUCGUCAGGCUGCCGUGGCCCUGUGGGUGAAGAAAGAAUACGUCAGGGAGCAAGAGGAGAGCUCAGAUAUCUUGCUGGGACUGCGCCUUUGGCACACGCAGCUGCUCCCAGGGGGCCUCGAAGGGAUUGUCUUGAACCCCAUCUUUAAGGAAAACUUGCGCAUUGCUCUUCUGGGAGGAGGUAAGGCCUGGUCUGAUGAUACUAGCCAACUGGGCCCGGAUAAGCAUGCCCGAGAUGUCCCAUCUUUGGACAAGUAUGCAGAGGAAAGGUGGGAGGUCAUCCUGCAUUUCAUGGUAGGCUCUCCAAGUGCAGCGGUGAGUCAGGACCUAGCUCAGCUGCUGAUUGAAGCUGGCCUGAUGAAGAGUGAACCUGGGGAACCUCCCUGCAUUACGUCCUCUGGCUUCCAGUUCCUGUUGCUGGAUACUUCAUCACAGCUGUGGUACUUCAUGCUCCAGUAUCUCCAGUCAGCAGAGACCAGAGGCAUGGACCUGGUGGAGAUUCUUUCCUUCCUCUUUCAGCUCAGCUUCUCCACGCUUGGCAAGGAUUAUUCUGUGGAAGGAAUGAGUGAUUCUCUUCUGAAUUUCCUUCAGCAUCUCCGGGAAUUUGGCCUGGUGUUCCAAAGGAAGAGAAAAUCCAGGCGUUACUAUCCCACCCGCCUAGCUAUUAAUCUUUCCUCCGGCAUCUCGGGUACCACGGUGGACACUCAUAACCAAGGCUUCAUUGUGGUGGAGACUAACUACAGGAUCUAUGCAUACACAGAUUCAGAACUCCAGAUUGCACUAAUUGCCCUCUUCUCUGAGAUGCUGUAUCGCUUCCCUAACCUGGUGGUGGCGCAAGUCACCCGGGAGAGCACACAGCAGGCCAUUGCCAAUGGCAUCACGGCUGAUCAGAUCAUUCACUUCCUACGGACAAGAGCUCAUGCUGUGAUGCUGAAACAGACCCCUGUGCUACCCCCCACAAUCACAGAUCAGAUCCGGUUAUGGGAGCUGGAACGGGACAGGCUGCGCUUCUCUGAGGGUGUCCUAUACAACCAGUUCUUAUCCCAGGUGGACUUUGAGCUGCUACGUGACCAUGCCAGGGAACUUGGGGUGCUCAUUUUUGAGAACCCAACCAAACGUCUCAUGGUGGUGACCCCCGCUGGCCAUUCAGACGUCAAACGCUUCUGGAAGCGGCAGAAACACAGUUCCUGAAGACAGUGACUCCACUCCAAGUUCUUCUGAUCACACUUGUUGGAAAGCGGACAGAACAGAAAGGCAGAAAUAUCUCUCCUCCCAUUACUUUGAAUGGAUACGAGAGACACGGAGAGAAGGAAAACAGAGGUGGCUGCCUGAUUAUUCCUUUUCAGCCAAAAAGAGAUUUGGAAUUUGUUAAAAGGGAACAAAAAACCUAAUUGGUUCGGUUUAAGUAUCACCUUUCAUCAAGUCUGUCUGGCAGGAAUUGCACCAUAACUGGGGUAACAUUGGCGUGAAAUAGGCUAGAGGUCCAGUAAAACGCAUUGGGAAAAUAGACGUAGCAGGGACAAAACAAUCUCACUGCACAAAAGGGAACCGCUUGGGUUCAGAGAGUUGUUGGUGCAAAGUUGCUAAAGCUAAGGGGAUCUGUAGUUAGUUCCCUGCGUGGUUGAAUACUAGAUCCUCAAGGUAGAAGGGAGUCCUAGUAUCAGACUUUCUACAACCUGGUGCCAUCUGACUAUUUAGACUCUUGCUCCCAUCAUCCUGAGGCCUGUCUGGGGAUAGAAAUUGGAGCCCAGUACACCUGGAGUGCAACAAGUUGGAGAAGGUUGUCAAAAAAACGUGUUAGGCAAUUACUGUUUUUAUUCUUUGAAUGCAUCUGCUCUUGGCUCAAAGGGCCAAGUAAGAAGAGACAGAAGGUCUUUCAUUGUAGUUUAAUAGAAAGUGCUAAUUAGUAACAAGGCUGCCUUGUUCUAAUAAGAUGUAUGUUUUUAUAUGUAUAAUUCAAGGUGUUUUUCUAUCCAUGUGUGAAUGAAGACAGAUCUCUAUGCAGAGGUUGGGUUCACAGAUUGCACUAAGCCAUAUUGUGACUAGUUUGGCCCUAACUUGGCAUGAUCUGUUAAGCAUGCCAAACCAUUCUACCUAGAUCUACUGAUGUGCCCAGUCUGAUAUCAAAGAAAUAUCAUCUUCCAUCAUGGGAUUGCCAUUUGUUUUUUAGGACCAGUGCCAAAUACUCAAAAGUUUCACCUUGACCCAACAUGGUAGCUCCAUCAUGCGGGUGCUCUGAUUUCACUUGUUCCUUUCCUACCUGUGAGGGUGACUUCUGCUCAAGUUAACAGACAACCUUGUCCCCAAUCCGUCCAUUGUUGGUGAACCUGCCGAACCCUGUAAGCUGAAGCACAGUUGAAACACCUGUUGAGAUUGUUAGGUCAGUCAACAGGUUCCUCAUUCAACCUCUUUUAUCUGAAAUUCAGAUGUUGAGUUACAAAUAGCUGAGAAACUGUGGUGUGAAUAUAUUCAGGGCUUUAUUCUUCAUCCUAAACUUGGUAUCUCCAAACAUUUCUAAGGAAGUACUGUAUUUUAUACUCGGACUACUGUACUACGUGGCUUAUGUCUCUGGGUGGUUGUAAAGAGGAAGCGGAAGUCUUACACGUAUAUCAAACAGAUAAAUAAGAUUUUUUUUAAAAUUAAAGUACAUUGGGUGUAUUCCUGUACUCAGAUGUUCUGUCAUUCUGUCAAAGUAAAGAAUAAGGCUAGGAAAUGUAGUUAUUGCUAAAGAUGAAAUACCGAAUAAUCCAAAAUAAUCCAUGUUGACAUUGCAGAGAGCUAAUGAAAUCCUUCUUAGUUAUCUGUGGAUCUCUUCGAUACAGGUUUUGUAUCACUGAAAGGGAAUUCCUUUCCUCUCCCGAUCUGAACAUAGCUUUAGGGAGAGUUUUUCCUAUUAAUGAUAUAAACUUGUUUCAUGCCACCUUCAGAGAUAGUAUUCAAAACAGGGCGUAUUUAAUGAAUAAAACGUGUUGCCAGCCAGGCAUUCCCGUAGCCUGGAGGCGGG